AUGGAGUACGGCGAAGUAACCUCCUCGACGAUGGCACUGAAGGACUCGAAGCAGAAGUUGAUCGUCGAGUUCGACCAAGCCCCUAGCCACCUGCAGUUCAACCAGUUCAUACUGGCCGGCUAUCGGAACUACCUGCCGGUGAACCUGUGCCUGGCGAGCGUGUUCUGGUGGACGAACGAAACGAUGAACAUUUGGACGCACCUGUUCGGCGUGUUCAUGUUCUGCAUCCUCGGCUACCGGGACCUGUCGAUGCUGGAGAUACAGGCGAGCCCCAGCGACAAGGUGAUCGUCGGACUGCUGCUCGUCAGCUUCUACCUCUGCAUGGUGCUGUCGUCCGUGUACCAUACCUUCUCGUGCCACUCGGCCACUUGCUACGAGCGCUUGCUGACGUUCGACCUGUUCGGCAUCGCCCUGUCGCUGCUGGCCAUCUUCAUGAGCGGCAUCUACUACGCGUUCUGGUGCAACCUGCCCCUGCGCAACUUCUACAUGAUUACGAUCGGUGUCAUCUUCGCCGGGGCGAUGGUGCUGCAGAUUCCGCGGCUGGCGGUGCACUCCAACGUGAAGAUGGUCGCGUUCGUCGCCUGGGCCGCAUACGGCAUCGUGCCCACGUUCCACUGGUACCACGUGAUGGGUGGCUCCGAGAGCACGAUGGUACAGCUCUUCGUUUGGCGCGUCCUUGUGAUGUACGGCUUGUCUGGCCUGGCAUUCGUCAUCUACGUUGCCAAGAUCCCGGAACGGUGGUUUGCGGGCAAGUUCGACUACAUCGGCCACUCGCACAACCUCUGGCACAUCAUGGUGCUGGCGGCGCUCUACUACUGGCACAACAGUGGCAUGCUGUACGUCGAGUUCCGGAUGACUCACGGUUGCUCCGCCGGCGUUCAGUACGCCUAGGCAUCUAGGAGCCACCCGGCGGCACAACAUCCCGCGGCACCCGACAACGCAAGGUACCCGACACCGGAUAGCGGCAGGUCUAGGUCGCUGGCUCGUGCAUGAUCAUGCUGUUCCAUCCU